GACGCGGCUCACACGCACACAGUGACAACUCCAUACAUAUAUCACGGAGCAUUCUGCGCAGUACAUGUUAUCUGAUUGUGUGCGUGUGAGUCGCGUUUACGUAGUGGCAAGACUUCAGUCCUUCAGUUGUUCAGUGCAAGUGCUCCGCGAUACAUCUCUGUAGUAGCCAUGCCUAGAUUACGAAGCGAAGGAUGUGUGCCUGCCCGAAAGGUGAGAACAUCUACGGUAUCAACAUCGAUGCCGAGAGUGACGACAUCGCCAGGAAGGAGCACGGCAACGUCGAUGUCGAUGCCGAGGGUGGCAACGGUGUCAAUGUCGGUGCCGAGGAUGGCAACGGUGUCGACGUCGAUGCCGUAAGCGACGGCAACGGCAUCAACAGCGUCAACGAGAAGGAAUAUGGCGACAUCACCGCUGGCGGCGGUUUAUCCCCGGAUCGCAAAUCCGAGGUUUAUAAGGCCAAAUAUAUAACAGCGCAUAAAGGAUGUAGUGCGCCGGCCGGUCUACCGCGAGAGAAGGCGGCAGCAGAAUAACCCGGCAUUUGCCGGAUACGGAUCCGCAGCAUCCAGAUACGCACCUAUAUUUGUACCCGCAGCAACCGGAUACGUACCCGCUAUAGCCGGAUACGCGCCCGCCCCAACCGGAUAUGUGCCCGCAACAGCCGGAUACGGAUUCGCAUCAUCCGGAUACGUGCUCGCACCAGCCGGAUACGGAUCCGCAUCAGCCGGCUACCGUUUUUAGUUUUAUAGUUAUAAAUUAUAUUGGAUUAUUCGGAAAGUAAUUUCGAUUUUUUUUCUUUCUAUAAAAUGUAUAGUUUUUCCUGCAAAAAACGAAAUUACUUUCCGAACAAUCUAAUAGAUAUAAUUGAUAAUAUAAUUAUAAGAUUAUAUAAAAAUAUAUAGAUUAUAGGAUUAUAUAGAUAGACUAUAAGAUUAUAAGUAUUAUUAUAAGAUUAUUAUUAGCGCGCACGCACAUGCGCACACAUACAUAUAUACACAUUUAUAAAAUAAAAAAUUUAUAUAUAUAUAUAUAUAUAUAUAUAUAUAUAUAUAUAUUUCUCUUUACUAUAUUUCUAUUUUUCUCAAUCUUUCUAUUUGUCUUAAUUACUUUUAUUUUGCAUGUUUAUGACUUGUAUAUUAUAUACAUAACAAAAACGUUGCAUGAAGAAAAGCUAUGCGAUAUCUGAAUCAAUUUUUUAUUCACAUGCAAAAACGCUAAAUUGUUUGGUUAUAGCAUCUUUUCUUGCUGUGCUGUUCUCGUCCUAUGUCAUUUCAUAUUAUUUUUGUUCACUUGUUAUAACAUUUCCUUUCCAUUUGCUUAUAUUAUUUUUUUAUGAAUGUAGCUUUCUGCUCUUUUUUUUCGAUACAAAUAAAUUAAUUUUUUUUUUCACAGAAUUUUUUCACAAUUUUUUUUAUGCAUUUUUAUUUCACAGAAGAUAUAUAUCAAUAAUAUACAUAUCAAUAAUACAAUACUUUCUUUUUCUGUUUUGGUAUACAUCUGUAUAAUAUAAUCGGUAUAUAUUGUUUACAUUUGUAAUAAUCAAUUCUGAUCAAUUGCUUAUUUUAUAUACAAUAGCAUUUUAUGUAAAGCAGUGUUAUGUAAAAAUAUAAUUCAUGAAAUGUGAAAAUAAAAAAAUUAAUUUAUUUAUAGGAAAGAGCAGAAAGCGACUAAAAAAAUAUAAAUAAAAAGAAAAAAUGUUAUAGUGAACGAACAGAAGUAAUAUGAAAUGACAUAAGACAAAAUACGCUGCAAAAAGCGAUGCUAUAAUCAAACAAUUUGGCGCUUUUCCGUAAGAAUAAAGAAAUGAUGGUAUCGCGUCGCUUUUCUUUGCGAACAUUUUUGUAAUGUGUAAAAGCUAUGAACAUACAAAGAUAAAGGUAAAUGAGUGAGAUAGAAAUGUAGGAAAAGUAGAGAUAGUAAAGAGAGAUAUAUAGAAUAAACAUGUAAUCAAAAAAUGCAAAGUUAAAAACACAAUUAAAGAAAAGAAAUAAGAAAUUAAUAAAAUAUAAUAAUAAAUAUAUGCAAAACAGCUAUUAACUUUUAGAUUUAAGAGAGAAGAUUGAUAGAUAUUUUUUAUAUUACCAAAUAUGCAUGUUAGUAGAAUAAAUAAAUUACUUCAACAUAAAAUGUAAAAAAA